AUGGCUCCGCGCCUAGUGGUGGUUCGGACACUCGACAUUGGCGGCGAUAAGACGUUGGCCUACCACCAGUUUGCGCCCGAAGACAAUCCUUUUUUGGGUAACCGGGCGGUUCGUUUUUCUCUGGACGAGCCCGAAAUUUUUAAAACCCAGUUAAGAGCUUUGGUUCGCGCUUCGGCCCACGGCAACUUAGCGAUUAUGUUUCCGAUGAUCGCUACGUUAGACGAAUUUUUAGCCGCUAAGAAAAUUUACCAACGCGUUUACGAUCAGUUAGUUAAAGCCGGCGUGCCGGUGGCGAAACGGAUUCAAGUCGGAAUGAUGGUCGAAAUUCCGGCCGCAGCCGUUUUGUCCGAACAAUUUGCGCGUCACGCUGAUUUUCUCUCGAUCGGAACCAACGAUUUAAUUCAGUACAGCAUGGCCCACGACCGGAUGAACCAAAAAGUAGCCUACCUUUACCAACCGCUUAAUCCGUCCAUUUUGCACUUAAUUAGAGCCACGAUUGAAGGCGGUCACAAACACAAUAAAUGGGUCGGAAUGUGCGGCGAAAUGGCCGGCGACAAAAGGGCGAUUCCGAUUUUGAUCGGACUCGGUUUAGACGAGUUUUCGAUGGGAGCCGAAUCGAUCUUAACUGCCCGUCAGCAAAUCGCCCGACUGACCCAAGUCGAGGCGGUUAAAUUAGCUCAAAAAGCGCUCGUUUGCGCCAGUGAAAAAGAGGUUUUAGCGCUGGUUGAGCAAUUCAUGCGCGAGCAUUAA